AUGGCUGGAUUUAGCUGGUAUUUGUCUGAAGGCUUCCAAGUAAUAAUUGAGAAGUCUAGAGAAGAAAAAUGCUCAUUAAAAGAUGUACAAUUGCGUUUUCUGUGCCCUGAUGAUUUAGAAGAGGUAAGAGCACUAUGCAGAGAAUGGUUUCCUAUAGAAUAUCCACAAUCUUGGUACGAGGAUAUAACAUCCUCUGAGAAAUUUUUUGCUCUAGCAGCUGUAUAUAAGAGUCAAAUUAUUGGUCUCAUAGUUGCCGAGAUAAAGCCAUAUCUCAAGUUAAAUGCUGAAGAUAGAGGAAUACUAUCCAGGUGGUUCGCCUCCAAAGAUACUCUUGUAGCGUACAUACUAUCAUUAGGUGUAGUGCGUUCCUACCGGCGUUCAGGUGUGGCCACAUUACUCCUAGAUGUAUUCUUGAAUCAUCUUGCAGGCCCAGUGUCUCAGCCUCCUCAUGAGCAUCGUGUUAAAGCAAUUUUUUUACAUGUCCUUACUACUAAUAAGGAAGCUAUACUGUUUUAUGAGAAAAAACGAUUUCACCUACACUCAUUCCUUCCCUACUACUAUUCCAUAAAGGGUAGAUGUAAAGAUGGAUUUACUUAUGUGUACUAUGUUAAUGGUGGACACGCUCCAUGGGGCCUCUAUGACUAUUUCAAAUAUGUUGCCAGAGCUGCUUUGAGAGGUGGUGGUCUUUACCCUUGGAUAUGGGGAAAAUUUCGUACAGCACUCACAAUAGCAUGGCACAGAUAA